AUGCCUGGGAAUAUUGAGUGGGUGAUUGUUGCUACCUUAGCCCCGAUACGGGCUGAGAUGAGGGAAUAUAGAGUUCAGAUUGAAGGUCACAAGUUGGCAUUGGAUGACCUUGCUUUGCGAGUUGAAGAGUGUGAGAAGGACCAGGCUCCUACAGAUGUUGUGACAACCUUGAAGGCCGAUAUUGUGGGGCUGCAUAGAGAUGUGGAUGAGAUGAACUCGACUGACCUGUCGAUAUUGUUUGGCACAGUGGAGAUUCUCGAGGUCCCAAGGACAUAUAUUCUAGCUUGUUCUGAGGUGCCUCCGACUACUAUCGGAGAUAAGACUAGAGCUGAUGAUGCUGAUGCUGAGUCUGAGGCUAAGACAAAUGAGUAG